CGUUCAAACAAUAAUAGUAGCGAAGUUACUUUUCAUUUUGAGUAUUUAAUUACACACUAACUAAAAAGUUAUACUAGUUUAUUCACAUAUCUUUUAGUUUAAUAAGUUGCUAAAUAUAUUUUCUAUAUAAAUAUAAUAUAUAAAUAUAAAUAUAACAUGUCUUCCAAGAAAAAGAAGAUUGAUUCACUUAACAAUGAAAAUGAGGAAAUAAAUGUCAACUUUGAAGGCAGUACCGCGACAUCUCAAGAUGCAGAUGGUAUUAAGCAAUUAUUGCUUCAAUUAUUUUUAAAAGCGCAUAUAAAUUUAACAGAAUUGGCUGACAUUAUAAUUGGACAAAAUUACAUAGGAAGUGUUAUUAAACAAUGUUAUGAUGAUGACGAAGAUUUAAGUGAAGAUGAAGAUCCUAAUUUAAUAUUUGGAAUAACAACUAUCGUUAGUCUUGAAAAUAAUUUAACACUAUCCUGUUUAGAACAAAUAACUGGAUUUCUGCUAGAAAAAGCAGAAAAUAAUUCGGACGACCAUAUUCUUAACAUUUUUAAGGGGGCUCUGGAAGGUCAGAAAGCAGGAUUAUUGAUUAAUGAACGGUUUGUUAAUAUCCCAGCACAAAUUUCGUUACCUCUUUUUGAAAGCUUAGACGCAGAAAUGAAUCAAGCUAUAUCUAAAAAUAAACCUUUUGAUUUUUCUUCACUCAUUUUAAUAAGUAAGUUUUACCGCAAAGUCGAUGGGAAUGGCAAACUUGUUGAGGAUAUAUUAUCUAACUUAGAAGAAGAAUGUUUCGCUCCAUUUAUUAUUGCUUCAUUCGAUUAUUCUGUAGAAAAAGAGGCUGAUAGCGGAAAUUGGGAAGAAGAAGACUUAAAAUUAAUUCCCUUUAGAAAAGUUUCUUUAAUUGAUGCUAAAAAACUGUCUGAUAUGACAAAAUCAUUGAAAAAUUUUCUAAAAUAAACAGAAAAAUUAUAUUUAAUGUA